GGAGCACGGCCCGCCCCUUGCUCCGCCCCCGGGGAGAUUCGGCGCCACCAUGGAGGAGUACCAUCGCCCCUGCGACGAGGUUGGUUUUAAUGCUGAUGAAGCCCACAAUAUCGUUAAGGAGUGUAUAGAUGGGGUCUUGGGUGGUGAAGAUUAUAAUCAAGACAAUAUCAACCAAUGGACUGCAAGCAUAGUGGAACAAUCCUUAGCCCAUUUGGUUAAGUUGGGAAAAGCUUAUAAAUAUAUUGUGACCUGUGCAGUGGUGCAGAAGAGUGCAUAUGGCUUUCACACAGCCAGCUCAUGCUUUUGGGAUACCACAUCCGAUGGAACCUGCACUGUAAGAUGGGAGAACCGAACCAUGAACUGUAUCGCCAAUGUUUUCGCCAUUGCUAUUGUCCUGUAACUGACUAAAAAUGUUAGGCCAAAGCCAUUAACUUAAGAAUUUGCCAGUGUAUCCUUUCUAAAAAAGAGUAGUAGUUCCUUAUUAAUGCACUAGAUGAGAAGUGUGCAAUAUGCUUCAAAGCUAUCAGCAAAAACUGAAUCUUAUAAGCAGGCAUCUCAUAGUAAGUUGGCAGACUAUUUCAUAUUCUACACAGAAUCAUUAAAAUAGGAAAAAUUGAAUGUUUGCAAAAAUAAAUGCAGAAAUAUGGCAUGAUAUGAAAAUGUAAUCUUAUAUUUAUACCAGUUUUUCACUAAUUGUAUGUACCUAAAAAAUGGAGGAAUCCGUUUAGAUAAUAAAAUUCCUCUCUCUAGAGAAGCUGACAGGGAUAAACAGAUGAUCAAAAAGCUACAAGGAUAAAUGUGGAGACAAUAAGAAUUAGUUAACACUUAAGUUUUUUUUUCCCCCUCACUUAGUUGUACAUGAAAUUUAGUGGAAAGUAAUUGUCUUUUUUUUUUCCUGUCCACCACUAUUACAGUAAAAAAAGCAACUAUGAUUAACUUGUUUACUUUUUCUAAGAAUUGUUUAAUCUUUUUUUUUAUUUCAAAGUAUUGGAUUCACAUUUGAGUGUGAAUUAAUCUGGUGACCUGGAUUCCCUGGUUAAACAAAAUUAGUUACAGUGUAUGGUAAACAGCAUAUGACUCAUAAACAGUUGCCUUGCAGCUUAUUCAUUACAUGUGAAACGAACAUUUAUUGAAUGCCUAUUUGGGCAUAUUUCUCUGCUAGGCAUCACAGACAUCAAUAUGCUGAUCAGAUUCUCCAUUCAGUUUGGCACCUGUUGAGUUGAAAAACUGUAGCAGUUAUGUUUGGGAAAGAUAAAAAAGAGUUGGUUUGCAAGAGAGAGGAAAAAAGUGAAUCUGGUUGUCCAUGUAGAAGUAAGCAAAAUGAAAAGCACUCGUUAUUGCCAGAGAAUUAUAGAUAUUAUUUUAAGGAUUGCUCCUAGCAAGUUUAAAAAUGCAUAAAAUAUGCAACUCUUAGUUACAGGCCUUAUUAGAAAUCUAACUAUCCUAGCAGUGAAUUACAUCAUUGCAUUAGUUAUAACCAUCUGUAAAUAAUUUUAAAUACUUACUACGAGGGAUUCAAAUUGAGUAGGGUAAAGUAUAAAUUAAAAGCAUACAAUCACUAGCAGGUUAUCUAAUAACUCAGGGCUUAUGAAAUGUAAAAUUUAUUAAGAAAAUAAGAGGUGAAAAAUUAGGGUACAUACAGCUGGCCACCAAAUGCGAAGUCAAUCUGCUAUUCGACCUGGAAAACAAAAUCAAUUUUGCAUACCACUGGCACUAAUACAUAUAGUGAAAUCAGGAUUCAUUGGAAUUUUUUGAGGGAAAAAAAGCUUAGUAUUAGUUUUGACAAUAUUCAGGGAGUAUUCUUCUAGGAAUACUCUGUGCAUGUUUGAUGUUUGGCUGAAUAACAAUAAUUGCUCCAUGUUUAAGAAGAAUAUUAAGAAAAUACAAGGGUACGUUUUGACAUGUCAAAAAUUCACAUAGUCGUUACCUUUAUGUUACUUUAUGCUGCUGGCUUUUGUGCCCUUGAAGAUUUUAUUAGUGACCAAAAUAUCUGUGUAGUUAAGGCUCAUUUUUGGUUACUGUGGUAUAGCUCUUUUUUUUUGUACGUUUUUUUAUCAUUGUUACUGAAGCCUGAUUUUAAAAAAUCGUUAAAACAUACCUCGCGAACCUGCUGUCUGCUCUGUUUCUAGUGAAAAUAUAAUAAAGAUUAUCUGCUUCUGCUGUA